GCUGGUGAAGGAGGGUGUGAGGAGGGUCUGGGGAACCCUGAGGGGACCAUGGUCAUGGAGGACAACCAGACUACACCUCCUCUUGAACCCACAGAGGAACCAGCUGAGCAGCACAGGACCACACACAGUCUCACUGAGUCAGUAGACAUGGAGGAUGGGAAGCCUGAUCUGCUGCCAGUCAAAGAGGAGACAAUAGAAGAUGAACCAGAGAGCAUUGAUCUGCUGAGUGGACUAAAGAUGGGGGAACAAGGUGGUUGGCUGGAGGCUAACAGAGGAGACUGGGCGGACAUCUUGGAUUCCCAGACCGGUGCAGCCAAGGGCCCAGGGGACAACAUCACUGAGCAGGCCAGGACUAGAGAUGACAUAGUGGAGUCUACAGAUGCAGAGGCUGCCAGUCCUGGGGUCAAGCUGGAGAGGUCUGAAGGAGAGGACCAACGACACAGCAGAGACAUCCAGACUGGAGCGCCCCAUGUAGCCACAGAGGUCCCCACCAGCUCCGCCCCAGCGCCGCCCAGAACCCGACGUAGCAUCAAGUUCAGUGGAACGCCGAACACAUUCUUCAAGUCAGAGACCAACACAGAGACUUUAACUGUAACACACAGGCUCUUACACCCAGGAUCUGACCACAGAUCAGACCCAGAGAGACUGGAGCUGGGGCCACUGGGCUGUCCUCCUGCUCCUGGCUCAGAGUACUUACCAGUAUUUCACCAGAGCCAGAGGACGGUUCGUUCCCAUGGUGAUGGUGACACGUUAGACACUGGUGGUGAUGAUCUGUCUUGUUCUUAUGCUACAGAGAUGGACCCUGGCAACAUGCCCUUGGGUUUAGAGACACAGACUGAACUAUCUAGAGGGGACUGGAACCAGUACAGUAGUAGUGUACACUCUGAAGGGUGCCUAGAUAAGAAAGGGGAGGUUAUAGUCGUAGACGAAGUGACUGUGAAAAUGGAGGGCGAAGUUCCUCUGACACUGAAUGCAGACGAGACUCACUUAGGAGAAGGACACUUACAAGGCAGAGAUUUCUUAGAUUACAGGGAAAGUUUAGAGACUAAUCCAAAUGUUGCGACCCACUCCCCUUUACACAUGUUCAGUGAUCGCAACACAGUGACCACGUCGAUGGGGCCUUCCGAUUCACACAGCCGCGUCCUUUUCUAUCAAGUAUUGAACUCAAAGGACCAAAGGGCCCAGACUCAGGGAGGGGGAGCCACAUCAGGCAGUAGUAAAGAGAAACGGUUCAUCUGCAUGUCCUGUAACAAAGGCUUCAGCUGCCUCCAGAACGUAAAGACCCACCAGAGGGUCCACACAGGGGUGAAACCCUUCAGCUGUACCCAGUGUCAUAUGCACUUCUCACACUCGUACAGCCUGAAGAGGCACCAGAGGGUCCACACAGGGGAGAACUCUACAGCUGCCCUUAGAGUGAGAAGAGGUUCUCCCACCAGAACCCGCUGAAGAUGCACCUGAAGGUCCACACGAGAGAAAGGUUGUUCGCCUGUACGCACUGUGGGAAGAGAUUCUCAGAGAAGAGCUACCUCAGGAUACACCAGCUUAAAAAACAUUCACUCUAUAACAUAGAAAGUAACCAUUCCACAAGAUAGCUUCUGACGUUUAGAUCAAACCCAAAGAUGAAUUUUCAUUAUUGUUGUUAGAAAAGAUCCACAGAUGCAUUUGGAAUAACAGGAGUAAUAUAUUUCAGUGUUGAAUAUUCGUGGGUAGAAUACUGCAUCCAGAUAUUGUGUGAUAUAUAUAUAUAUAACACAUAUAUACAUACACACACAUACACACAUACAUACAUACAUACAUAUAUAUAUACUGCUCAAAAAAAUUAAGGGAAUACUUAAACAACACAUCCUAGAUCUGAAUGAAAGAAAUAAUCUUAUUAAAUACUUUUUUCUUUACAUAGUUGAAUGUGCUGACAACAAAAUCACAC